CUAAGCAAGGCUCAAAAGCCAUCGCCGUCAUCAUUAUAUAUAUCAUCUUCUUCACCUUUCUUUCGUUCUCAAUCUACAUAACUAUAUGUCUCAGAUCCUCUCAUAACUACUUGUAUUAGAUUUAGACAUACACACUUGCCUCAAAACUUACUCUCCGAGGAAUCGUGCGUGUCUUCGCGAUGAGAAAGCCGGAUUCUCAGGUGAAGAACGGCCCUAGCAACGCCAACCUCGGCAACAUGGCCAAUAUUGGAGCUGGCAAGCUGAGGAAAGGGUUGUGGUCGCCAGAGGAGGAUGACAAGUUGAUGAGCUACAUGCUCAGCAAUGGCCAGGGAUGCUGGAGCGACGUCGCCAGGAAUGCGGGGCUGCAGAGGUGCGGCAAGAGCUGCAGGCUCCGGUGGAUCAACUACUUGCGGCCCGAUCUUAAGCGCGGGGCUUUCUCCCCCCAGGAAGAGGAGCUCAUCAUCCACUUGCAUUCCAUUCUUGGCAAUAGGUGGUCUCAAAUUGCGGCGCGCUUGCCAGGGCGCACUGAUAAUGAGAUAAAGAACUUCUGGAAUUCGACCAUCAAAAAGAGGCUGAAGAACUCCUCGCCGUCGUCUUCAAACCAAAGUGGAUCUUCCGAAUCUAAAAUAUUGGUUGAGGGAUUAGUCGGCAUAAACAAGCACAAAAGCAUAAGCAUGCGCAUGGACUCGCUGUCAUCUUCCUCCUCAUCCUCAAUGAAAAGCUUUCCUGUGAGCACCUAUGACCUCUUGCCAUUUCCGGGUGAGGGUAGCGGCAUGACCGCAAUAAGCGAUUACUACUUCCAAGAACCAAAAGGUCUAAUCCAAGUAGUUGAAUUACAGGAAAAUUACUAUGGUGAUCAUGGAUUGUCCUUUGAGAAAAGUCUCAUGGGAGGAGGAGGAGGAGGAGGAUGUGAGCUUUUUGUCCCCCCUCUAAUGAGUGAAAGUGUUGAAGAGAACCCAACUAACAACAACUGCAGAGACACAACAGUAAUCACCAUUGGUGAUGAGUGCUUGGAUAGGAAUACUAGUGAUAUUACUAAGAUAAAUGGUGACAAUAAUAGUAAUAAUAUUGUUGGGAGUGGGAUGUAUUGGGAGGGUGAGAACAUCAGGGUGGGAGAGUGGGACUUGGAGAACUUGAUGAAGGAUGUCUCUCCUUUCCCUUUCCUUGAUUUCCAAGUUGAAUGAUUGGCCACUCCAAAUUAAAAUGCAUAUAUUUUAGCACUAGACCAUCAUGAUUUUUUCCCUCCACCUUACCUUACCUUUGCUCAACCCACCCCUUCCCUUCUUCUCCCAUUUCUCUUUUUCUAAGUUGAAACUAUCCAAGAGCCCUUUGGUCAUAGGUUUGUUAGGACUUUUAUGUUCAGUUUUUGAACUCACAAAUUUGCUAAUUUCUCCGUGUAAAUCUUUAUACAUCCUCCAAUAAAGUCUCGUAAUGUUCUUAAG